AUGAGAAUAUUAGAAACAUUCAAAUCUCAUUUUGGCGGUUGUUAUGUACCUAUUUUAAAUGAUACUCAUAGAAUAUGGACAAUAUGUUCAAAUAUGGCUUCAACUAAUAUUCCUAUUAUUUUCGUUCAUGGUUCUGAUGGUGGUGUUGGUAUAUGGAGUUUAGAUAUUGACCAAUUGUAUUCAGAUCGAUCUGUCUAUGCUAUUGAUUUGCCAGGUGGUGCACGUAGUACUCGACCAAUAUUUAGUCUUGAUUCAAAGGAAGCUGAAAAACAAAUGUUUGGCAUGAUCGAAGAAUGGAUUACAACGUAUACCAGGAUGGUUAAGAACAUUUUUACCAGUUAUGAUGAAACUUCACCGUUAACUGGACUUCGUGCUGUUGCACCAUUAGGUGUUCCCGCUUUCAUAUAUAUAUAUCAUUGCAAUGCUCAAUUACCGACUGGUGAAGAAGCAUUUCGAACUAUUAGUGAUUGCUUUGCAUGCGCAAAAGAGCCCAUUAUUGAACGAAUUCAUUUAUUAGAUGAACAAAUUCCAAUAUGUUUUCUUCACGGUGAACAUAACAAUCGAGUCAUCUUUGAUUAUGCAAUCUCGGCGUAG